UCGAGUUGGAAGUCUUCUUCUUCUUCUUCAUCUUCAUCUAGAGGUGUUUUCGGAAAUCAAUGGCUGCACCAGCUAGAGCCCUAAACCCAUUUCACACGUCUACCAAUCACUCUCAAGUGACCUUCAUAACCUCCCUUCUGCAAACCCUAAACCCACAGACACCUAACCCCUCAAACCUCAGCUCAGCCCCUCUUAACCAGUUCUCACCUCACCUAAACCCAGCCCUAGUUGUCCAAGUCCUCCACAACCAGACCAAUCCCUACCACGCCCUCUUCUUCUUCAAAUGGGCAUCAAACCCUGACCCCAAUCCCAACAACUACUCCCACACCUUCAAAUGCUACUCGGCCAUCACUGACAUCCUCCUCUCCCACUCCCUCUUCUCCUCCGCCUCGUCACUCCUCCAAGAAUCCAAUCACCUCUCUGAUUUUCUGAUCGGCAAGUUCAUCACAGCUCACGGCCGCCGCGGCGGUGUGAGGGCCGCCAUUGAUUGGUUUCACAAGGCGAAAGUGAUUGAGAAUGGGAGGUGCUUGUUUUCUUACAAUGCAAUUCUGGGUGUGUUGGUUAGAGCACAUAGGAUUGGUUUAGCUGAGUCAAUUUAUGAUCUGAUUUUCAAGGAAGGUCUGGUGAAACCGGAUGCGUCGACUUAUACCAUAAUGAUUAGAGGGUUUUGUAAAGUGGGUGAGAUUGAGAAUGCACAGAAGGUGUUCGAUGAAAUGACUUGUGAGCCGAAUUUGAUUACUUACAAUACUAUGAUUCAUGGGUUCUGCAAGAAGGGUGAGGUUGAUAGUGCGAGGAGAGUUUUGGGUCAGAUGAUGGAGGGUAACGAUUGCUUGCCUGAUACGGUAACUUAUACGACUUUGAUUGAUGGGUAUAGUAAGAAAGGUGAGUUGGGCGAGGCAAUGAAGUGUAUGGAUGAGAUGGUGAAACAGGGUUGUGAGCCUAAUGUGUUGACGUACAAUGCGGUGAUUCAUGGUUUUUGUUUGAGUGGGAAUGUUAAUGAGGCAAAGAGGAUGAUGACGAGGAUGAGGUUGAAUGGUGUGAAGGAUGAUAUAGCAACGCAUACGAGUAUAUUGAAAGGGCUUUGCAUUGCGGGGAAGGCUGAUGAAGCUGUUGAGCAUCUUAAAGAGAUGGCCAGACUUGGGAUGAAACUGGAUGUGAAAGCAUAUGGAAUUGUUGUCAAUGAGUAUUGUAAGAUGAAAGAACCGGAUGGAGCAAUUUUGCUUUUAAUGGAAAUGAGAAUGAGAGGCCUGAAGCCAAGUGUUUCGAGCUUUAAUGCAGUGCUGAGUGUUCUUCUUGAAAAUGGGGAGCUCGAAAGAGCCAUUAAUCUUGUAAAGCAAAUGCCACAAAUGGGUUGCUUUCCCAAUUUCUUUUCAUACAACUCAGUGAUAUUUAGUCUUUGUAAUGUGAGAGGUAGAAUGGGGGAAGUUGAAGGGCUUAUCCAUGACAUGCUUCGAAAUGGUCAUGCCCUUGAUGCCACGCUCUGUAGUUGCUUGGUCAAAGGUUAUUGUGAUGAUGGUGAUUUGAGAAGCGCAAUGCAGGUUUUCUGUGACGCACUUGAUCAGAGGUACAUUAUUAGUUUGGAGAGCUUUUCAGUUUUCGUCAAAGAGUUAUGCGCCAAGGGGAAGGCUGUUGAGGCUGAGAGGAUGUUUGAGGAUAUGUGUAAAAGAUGCAGUGUGGUUCAUAUAGAUAUUUACAGAAAGGUGUUAGAUGAUUAUUUGUGAUUAUGUGGGAAAAGAAUGCAGGGUACAUGAUGUGACAAAAACGUACUCGAAGUUCUAUAAGGCAAUUGAGUGAUGAGUGAUUAUGACGGAUUCACUCUUCUCCAAGUUUUAGUCCCAAGUGCGCUUCUCUUUGAUGCAUCAAAAUUGAGGAAUCCUGUCUAUAUCAUAUACCUUGAUUGCUUCUUUUGCUGUCAUAUAGCACGCUUGGCUUAGACAUCUUUUAUAACAGAGAAGGAGAAUCUUUGCCUCUAUGGAUUUCCAAGCGAGCAGUGGGAAGUUAAUUUGCCUGCAGAGGAGGUUCCUCCAGAGCUUCCAGAACCAACACUUGGCAUCAACUUUGCCAGAGAUGGGAUGCAAAAGAUGGAGUGGUUAUGCUUGGUAGCUCUCUACAGUGAUACAUGGUUACUUUCUGUGACAAUCCGCAAUGGAUAUGAUCCGUGUCCUGACUCCGAAAGAAACAUGUGAGCCGUACCGACUGACCAGAUUGUCACUGCGAGGAAACUGCAUGGUGGCGAAGUUUUAGGAGUUCCGAUCUUUCAAUCAGUUACAGUUUGCACUUGAAUGGUUUACCAAUCAAUAUUACUUGUUGGUUGAUGAAAUAUAUUAUAACUUGGUUUUAGUAGGACCUAAGAAGUAUUAUCUAGUCGCAUAAUAUGUUUUCAGAUCCUUGACUAGAUCGUCUA